GAUGUCCAUGAGAAAAGUAAUGAUCCCUGUAGCCAUGAAAAAACUUGUCUCGUUCAUUUUUGUGAGGGAUGUUCCAAAUAUUUUUUACUCGGAUAUGCUGUUAACGUCAUCAAGAAACUGCUACCUAGAAUGGGAAGCCUAGUAAAAAAUCCUUCAAAUAAUAUGGGGAUAUUUUUCAGUGAAUCAAAUUUGUACUUCGGGUUAUUCAUAGGCAGCUAUGUGGGAUUUUAUAGAGUUCUCAUAUGCUAUCUCACCAGGAUAUCCAACAUCAAGAAGACAUUUCAUGGAUUGAUUGCUGGACUCUUCUCUGGGCUUACAUAUGCUAUUUCUCCAAACCUACAGGUUCUUGUCAUUGCAAUCACCACAACAUUACAGAUGGUUUACAGUUACAUUAGCAAAUAUUUGAAGAUAAACUCUUUCUGGCAGAGCCAGUUGCUAUUUAUGAUUUGUCAUGGAUAUCUCCUGCAGGAAAAAUUCUUCUCUCCAAAGACUUGUUCCUCGUAUUACGCGAAAAUGAUAGACGCAUGUACCAACAAUGUGUACCAGGAGAUAUAUAAAAAUUUAAUCCGAACCUUUUUACAUGAAUAUUAAUAACAUAUAGUUCAUCUUUCCAACCAUGGAAGUGAUUUUUUGGAAGUAUUUUUGCAUAACUCUACGUAACUAAGACAAUAUUAAUUGGGAGUUUCAUCAAAAGCGAGAAGAGUACGAAAAAAAAACAAUAAAUAAAUAAAGCUUUU